GCCUGCACACCAUCUGCCGCCGAGCUGCCGAGCCGAGCUGCUGUCUCGACCACGACCAUCAGCGCAGCCGCCAAACUCUCUCGCCGCACUCUUGCCAGCAUGAGCUCGGUCUCUAUCCGAUCGCGGGUUCUCGCCUCCUACAAAGAGCUCCUCAGGGCGCAGCAAGUGACAUUCGCGGGCGAUCUGCCCCAGCUUCGAGCCUCUCGUGUGCACACCCGAAACGAAUACAUCAAAAACAAGGAUGUCGCCGAUGCCGCCCAACUCGAGCAGAUGAUCAAGGUCGCUCAGCAGGCCGCCACCAUCAUCCGGAAGAACAUUGUCCAGGGUGUCAAGUCCUCGGAAAGCGAAAAGUUCCAGAUCCGCAUCCAUGAAGACACCGAAAUCAACAGCAACGACACCAUCUUCAAGCACAAGCGCGAGAAGAUGGCCAAAGAGGGAGCUGCUGCCCCUGGAUGCUGCGGCAGCCAAGGACAGCCCCCUCAGCGAGCGUAAUAUCCCUCGGCCUCAAGCUCCUCCGUCUCUCGCUGCAUCACACCAUUGACCUCCGCCUCCGCCUCCGCUCCCAUAAUAUCGACUCUGUACCAUUGGAAACGGGGCACUCGGUCGAGUCCCCGGUCAAUCUCUCCUCCCGGGUCCUGAAUACACACGUUCAUUCAUCGCUCAU